AUGAACGCGGCCCAGUGCGUCGAUACGAUUUGGAGCGCGUACGACCGCGACGACAGCGGGUACCUCGACAAGACAGAGACACGCAAGUUCGUCAACACGCUCAUCGCCGAGUACGAGAAGGACGGCGACGUCGUGCCGCCCGUCAACUUUGAAGAAUGUUUCACCGCCUUCGAUGUCGACGGCAACGGCCUUCUGAGCCGAAAAGAAAUGCGCAUCUUUGUCGAGCAGCUCAUGGGCUUCUAGGCAUUACGAUCCCAAGCUAUAUGUAUGAUCGACUCGAUUGUGCAGCGUCACCUUCGACUACAUGAGGUGACCUUCAAUACAUAUUCACGUGUACCGGUAGUGAUGACGAGUCUAAAUUGCACCAAGCAUUAUUAGUUUUGCAUACCA